GGUUGUGCGCCAGGAUCAGAACGUGUGCGGCGAACAGUUGGUUGGGUACAACUCGCGAUCUGCCACGCCUGCGCGUUCGGAUAUGGUGGCGCUCUCUCUUACGCGUGGGUGCGACGGCGCUCGGGAACGGGCACCGAUGGGCGCCCGCAAAAAAUAGGGAGUGUCUGGGAGAGUGCAGCACUGGUACCGUACCGGACCUGGAGCUGGACGAGUUGCGGAUUGCUGGGCAAGCACGCGAUGGAUGGGAACAAUGGCCACGUACGCGCGGAAGCUGCGUUUGAUGUGGACAUUGCCCGGCGCUGCGAAUGGAAGCGACGACGUCCGGCAGCCCUGAGUCUGAUCCAUCGUCGCCUCCCAAGCCGUUCUUGUCCCGCAAGGCCACAUCCGGAUCCGCUUCCCCGCCACCGCCAACGCCUCGUCCCCUAUAUCACUCCGAGACAUGCACGCCCCUCCGCUCACCACACUCCCCGUACGCCCUCCCCAUGCUCGCCGCUAGCCCGAUCCAACACGUCUCCGGCCUUGACCGCCUUCUUACGUCUCCCCCUUUCGCAGAUACUUCCUUCGAUCACUGUCCUUCCCUCUCUUUCCUCUGGCCCCAUCAUCAUCGCCGCCGCCCCGACCCCGAGUCGCCCAUGUCGACCCCAGCAUUGGACUCGCCCUCCACGUCCGCAUCAGCCUCGCCUUACCUGAUGGACAUCACGGAGCCGUAUGGGUUACCGUCGGCAUCUGAGCCGCGGCCGAAGUUGACCUUGGACACCGCAACUCUGGCGACGAUCCCUGCGAACAGCGCAGGUGCCUAUCACCUCGGCCCAUCAUUUGACGCGAACACAUCUUCCGGUCCUGAGCCCGCCCCGUUAACAUCUCCGGCCUCAGCCUCUGCUCUCUCGACCGAUGGGUCCCAGUACUAUUACGCCCAGCAGGAGAUCGCCCCCGGCCCUUCUUCGUGGUCGUCCUCGCUGAUCAUCCCGCCACCCAACCGCACCAUGUCCGCCGGGGCGUCGACAUCGAAGCACGCGUGUCUGUACGCGUGCCAACCGACCGCGGCGUUCCUCCCCCCGGCCUGUGGCGCCGCACGUUCGCCCACGCACAUCUACCACAGGAGAGCAGCCGCCGCGCCCUACUCCGCCGUCGCGUCGCCCCACCGGCAACGAAUCCCUUUCUUCUACCCCGCACCGGACCUGGCUGCCGGCCAGGGCCGCACGCACUUGGUCUCGCAUCGUCGGCCGCACCCGCAAGCCCCAUACCGUGUAUCAUUACCUGCAACCGUAUUACCGCCACCCUCGCAUAUCUAUCGUGCUACAAAGACCGCGACCGCGGCACCUUCACAGUUACUAUCCUACGCCGCUCCAACGUCCCAUCAUUCGCUAUCGAAUAUUCUCCCUACGUCUACAUCAGCACCACCUAUACCCGUACCAUCCGCCUAUUACGCGCCGACAGCGCUGCCCUACCCGAUCGAACAGAAGCCACUCGUACUUCACCAGCCCAAGCCCGUGCGGCCCAUCCCGCCCAUCGUCAUCCCCGAUCCGACGGAGGAACCGCCCAGGAAACUGCCGCCGCCGCCACCCGCGGAGGUCGAAUCGGAUUUUGUGGAUGACGACAUGGAGGAAGAGCUGGAUUGGGAAGUGGAAGCAAGCGGGGACGCAGAGGACGUCGGGCAUGGAGAGCUUGCUGCAACACACUUUGGAUACGGCAAUCGCAUCGAACGACCGGAAUCUAUCCCUCUUCUCUGCCAACCCCUUCCCGGGUACCGAGGUUGA